UGUCGUUUGGAAAUUUAUCGGGAAUUAAGUCCCUCCCAAAAAGAAAAAGGUGGUACGGUGGAGAUACAGCAAAAGAAACGACGAAAGGAGAAAAUCUAUCACCAGCAGGGGAAUAGAAAGUGAACGAGGCCAUUACUAAAGACAGGGUCAGAACAGGGACUGGUGCCAAGCAGACAAGGCGCUGAGAGUCUGGGAGCGAGCCAGGGCGACUCGGUCAGAAAGAGAGGGGGGAAGAAAAGCAUCAAAGAGACCACAUGAGAGAGCUUCAGCCACAGGAAGAGCCUCCCCGGGAAAGAAAAACAGCAAUCUGCAAACAAACUCAAAUCAUCUUUUCUCGAACUGAGAACGGCAGAAACACACAGACCGGCUCACAGAGUGGACAGAAGCUUUAAACCAGGGACAUCCCAUUGGCAGUUUGAGCCCAGGACACAUCGCCAAGGUUAAAGGGGUGGGGGUGAUAAAACGGGAACUGUUGCCGAUCCACAGUCACCAUCCAGAGAAAACAACACCAACAUUCAGAGAAGCUUCAGCGCCGGGUGAAGUGCCGCCAGAAAUAUAGACACUGUCUGCAGGAGAUUAUUAAUUUGUCCCCUCGAGAUUCAGAAACAGCCUUGACUCCUGAGGGUGGGGGUUUUUCACGUUGCUCCCCCCAGUGUUUAGAAUAUAUAUAUUUCUUUAACUAAGACAGGAUGAAGCGGCUAUAUGAUGAAAGCUCCACCGACAGUGAGCUGGAGGAGAUGAUCGAUGUUGGCAAAGAGGAACAUUACUGUCCUGUAACUCAAUCAACUUCGCCCACUACAACUUCUCACAUUCUAGCACGGAAGAAGAGGCGCGGGAUUAUUGAAAAAAGAAGACGGGACAGAAUUAAUAACAGUUUGUCUGAGCUGCGUCGUUUGGUUCCAACAGCUUUUGAAAAACAGGGAUCAUCCAAGCUUGAAAAGGCUGAAAUCCUACAAAUGACUGUGGAUCAUCUGAAGUUGCUGCAUGCAACAGGGGGUAAAGGCUAUUUUGAUCCUCACUUGCUUGCUGUGGAUUACAGAAGUAUGGGAUUCAGAGAAUGUCUUGCUGAAGUCAUAAGGUAUCUCAGCUCAUUUGAACGAUUUCAAGGCCAUGACAAUACUGAUCCACUAAAAGACCGUCUGGUAUCUCAUCUCAACAACUAUGUGUCUGAAAUAGAGCCUGCACCAUUGGCACCGGCUUCCUUGGUCCAUCGAAACUGGACUUGGCCACACCACCAAUUAAGUACUUUACUCCCACAGACAACAGAAGGAGGACAAUUAUCAUGCAGGGAUACUCUGCAGAACCCAGCUUUCCUUACUGGCUCUGCAUUAGCAUGCUCCGCAUCAUCUCUGAGAGGAAUUCCUCUUGAUAAAAUAACAUCCUCAGUGUUUUCACCCACACACAACCUUCUCCCAAACAUGACAUCAUCUAGCCUUAAUUUCUUGUCUAACCUGGCAUCACCUAUUCAUAGAGUGCUAUCCAACAUGACAUGCACAUUUCCUAGUGUUCUGUCCAAUGUAAGCUCAACGAACAAAAUGUUAACUGGUGUUGCUGUAUCUCCACAAAUUAGUUCACCCUUGUUGUCACCUGCUUCCAAUACCAGCACCAUUCAUACAACAAACCCAAAUGCAUCUAUCCCUUGCUCUUUAGGACUUUUUCCAUCUGUAUCACACUUCCGACACAAUCCCUCUAGUCAAACAAGCAACCUGAGCGCUCGCAAAUCCCAGAGGUCAUGGACAACAGCGAUUGGGGCUUUCUGAAUCUAUCCUAAUGAGGGAAAUAUUUACCUACACUUUUCUAUGGUGAUAUAUUGUGAUAUAAAAAGUAUAUUGUGCCAGAAAAUAUCCUGAUAGAUUUCAGCAGUUUGUAAUCAUAUUGAAAUGAAAGAAAAUAUAACUGAACUUCAUUUCUAUGCAUCUUAUAAGUGCAGAAGUUUCCUCUAGCAUUCUAAUCUAUGAAGCAAUUGUUUUUAGUCUGAUAAAUGAAGUGUUGUGUUUCCUUUAGUUUACUCCACCCUUCCCUACAGAGGUGCUUUUGUUUCUCAAACCAGGCUUGUUCCAAGCAUGGAGCUUGGGUAAAAAAUGGAGAACAAGAUUUGUAUUCAAUUUUUAAUGACCUUUCAAUCCUCCUUCAUGUCUGGGCCUUGAUUUUCAUCCAUGAGUUGAGUGCACAGAGUCAGUAGAAUUCCUGGCUUUGCAAGCCCAACUUUUGAAAUUGGUGGCCUAGAUAUCAGAUUCUCGCUCAUACGCCAGAGGAUGCUGACCAGGGAGUUGGGCUGUGCAGAAGGACUGUCUCAGGGCUCUGGCAUAAUGUCCAAAAUCAUUAGAAAUAAAUCAAUCAUGCAUCUUCCCUCCAGUCCUAAGCCUCACGUUACUUCAUAACCCACACAACCCCCUCCCUGACCCACGCCAAUCAUGUCACCUCAUGACCUGUGCUGACCCCAUGACACCCAAUCCCCAUGCCAAACUAUUAGCCUGCAGCCACCCUACCUUUGUGGUCCUUCAUAACCGUUAUGCUAACUUAGUUCCAAUUCAUGCCAGCCCAUUCUUCCCGACUCAUCACCCUUUGGCCUUGUAUCUACACAAAAGACUCACACAGUAUACACCUAGGACCCAUGCAGAUAUGAGGUAAUAUAAAAUUCUAUAAAAUAAAUUUCUAAGUAUGUAUUGCAGACUUCACCACAUUGAGUACAUUUUUAUGGAUGAGUUUUGAUUUCUGUUUAUAUUCAAUUAAAUAAAGCCUUGUAACAACAAGCAUUUCAUUUGAUUUGCUCAAUCCCAUACAAGAGCAAAUAUUGCAAUUUAUCACCCCAUUUUAAAAAGUCUCUAAACAUUUAUAGAUAUGAAUCAAACUGUAAAACAGAAACACGCUGUACUUCAUAAUGGAUGGUUGUGAAAUCAGUCAAGCAGCAAGAAUCUAGAAAUGGAAAUUCUCAGUCAUUUGUCAAGACAGAAUGAAAUGGCAAGCAUUUUUUUAACACUGUACAUUUUAUUUGCAAAGAUUUAAAGGACAAGAUUUUUAAAUACCAUGACAACUUGUUAGCUCCCAUUGGCAGAGUCUCGUGAUAUUUUUGACAGAUUCCUCUUGACAGGUCCCCUUGACACUUUUGACAUUUGUAUUUGGCAGAUCUGUUGACGGUUUCAAUGAGCUUGAUGGUUAAUGUGAUUAUGCAACUUGCAUCAUACACACAAGCCCACUUUUAACAAUUCCUAAAGCCACUUUACCUCUCCCAAAGGGCACCUUACAUUUCCCCGAAUGGUGUUUCAGAACCAUACCCAAAGGGUUACCAUAGCUUUCUAAAGAGGUACCCUGGCUAAUCAAAGACUUACACAAAGUCCAGAUCAAAUUCUACGUACCUUGGUUUUCAUACUCCUAGGCUACCAAAAUCUGACCUGAGUGGAGGCAGUUGCUAACUUAAAUAGCCAGGAACUUCUAUGUGCAAAGCUUGAGCAUUUCCCAUUUCCACCCCAGAAAAAUAAGAAGCACUGUCUUUAGGACUGGGGCUUCCAAUUUUGGGUACUUCUGCCAUUUUCAUCAUAGUUGUGAAGAAAAUCAUGACAUUGUCGUCACCUUUUAAGAUAAAAGCUUUCAGUUUAUUUCUGAUACAAAUCCAGUUGUGAUUUGUUUUCAAGCACCUACUAAGGGAAAUCAAUGCAGUGGCUAAGUGUAAUUCUGCCUUAUAUUCCCUCAUCAUCAUUUCUCAUUUGUUAUCCCCAACAGCAGCUGCUUUCUUUGGGUCAUGGGCAUAGACUUUCUGCAUUGUACACCUGUUGACCAUUGUUCAUAUCACUCUAUAAUGAAUAAAUAUACUGUUAAAGGGUAGGGUCAGUUCUUUAAUAAUAGUGAAGGGCAGUAUUCCUCAUUACUUUACAAGUUUCUAUUCAAAGUUUAAAUUGCAUAACCUACUGAACUAUAGAAAUAUGUUCCUUUCUUGAUAAGAAAUCUACAUGGUGCUGACAUAGUUCAGCUUUUACAGUUUUCAUGAUGUUAGAAAUUGUUCAAGUGAUUAUCUUUCUAAUCAGGUAUGAAGUGUUUCCAAUGGUAACAUGACUAUAGGCUUGUUAAAGCACUAAGAAAAAUCCACUAUUGGUACUUCUAUGAACAUUGCAUUUGAUACACCAAGCCACCGUUCAGAGAAAUCAAUAGCCGAUGUUUGCAAUAUCAGUAAUAAUACCAAUAAUUGUGUCCAGUAAGCACUCGGUACAAUACAAUAUUUGAAGUAGAUUUGAAACUCAUUAUAUUUAGUAUUUCCACAAAUAAUCGAUAUUUUCUGAACAGCCUGUUUAGAGAUAUUGUUACACACUUCCAGAGCAGGUGAAGUAUGAACCUGGACCUCCUAUUCAGAGAUAGGGACACUGUGUCAUAAAGGCGCUUGUCCACAGGGAAUUAGCCUGCACAGUCCAUCUUGGACAGCCUGCUUAGGCAAGAGCAUACAUUUAAGAAGAAAUCUAAUGUUUAGACUCAACACCAAAAUAGUAUAAAUUCAGAAAAUUUAGACUCAAAGUCUCACUGACAUUUGGUACAAGAUAAUUAAAUAAGAUUAAUUUAGUUAAAAAUAAAUAGUAGCAAAUCCCCUUUGGGACUAUAGGGUAUUAAUUUGUCUUACACUCAGAGAUUUACAUUGACUUUCAGUUGAGCAACACCUUGAUUCAAAAAUUUAAAUACUUCUUUUCAAAUCCCUUCGUGGCCUUAAUCCCAUCCCUAUCUCUGUAACCUCCUCCAGCCAAACAACCUCCUGAAACCUCAGGCCUCAUGUUAUGAGUACAAUUUUAGUCAAUUUGAGAUUGUACCUUCAGUUCUCUCCACCGCACUCAGUAAUUUCCUCCAUACAACUUUCAAUCUCUUUGACUCUUUUUUUGUCAUUUUUUAAACGCAAGAUUUUGUCUUUAAAGACAAUCCUUAAAUUGUACCCUUGCGACCAAGCUUUGGCUCAUCUAGCUGAAAAUUUCCUUAAGUGUCUCCGUGUCAAAAUGUGAUCCACAGUGUUCCUACAUAAGGCCCUUUGAAUGUUUUUAAUAGAGGAAAUGUGUUUUAUAAACACAAUUUGCUAAUUUUAUUUUCAUGCAAAUGCAAGCAAUUGCAAAUCUUUAUACUUUACCCAAUUGUUUUUUUUUCUAAUUCAGUGAGCAGAAUGAAAACUGGAUUUCUAACUCACUAUUUCCUGGAUUGAGCUCUUGCUCAAAAUAAAUGUGCACUCCAUCAUUAUCCCCUGGGCAAAAACCCAGAUACAUUCCACCAACUCCCCACUAGAUCUACCCAUUCCACUCUCAUAGGUGCCCCAACCACUAAGUCACUCUCUGUUGCCUCCCAGACAUAUCCAUCUGUUCUCCCUGUGUCUGCGUGGGUUUACUCCGGGUGCUCCGGUUUCCUCCCACAGUCCAAAGAUGUGCAGUCUAGGGGGAUUGGCCAUGCUAAAUUGCCCAUAGUGUUCAUGUGUGGGUUAUAGGGGAAUGGUUCUGGGUGGGAUGCUUCAAGAGGCGGUGUGGACUUGUUGGGCCAAUGGGCCUGUUUCCACACUGUAGGGAAUAUAAUCUAAUCUGCUUCUCCACGUUCAAAGAUAUGGCCUUCUCUAUCAGCCCAUGGAUCUGUCUCUGCUCUUCUGACGCAAAUUGACCUUUAUCCCUGAGAACAACUCAUGGAUUAUCCCCUCCGUGUCCCCUCCAGCCUCAAAGCCCUUAAUUUCAGAUCGAGUUUUAUUACAAAAUUGCUACUUUUGCCUAGGCCAGCAUUUAUUGCCCAGAGGGUAGUUAAAAGUCAAUUACAUUGCUGUGGAUCUGGAGUCACAUGUAGGAACAACCAGGCAAAGACAGCACAAUUUCUUCCCUAAAGGACGUUAGUGACUCAGAUGUGUCUUCUUUUUGACAAUUGACAGCGUUUCAUGAUCGUCAUUAGACACACUAUUCCAAACUUUAAGUUAAUUCAAAUUCUGCCAGCUGCCAUGCUGGGAUUCAAAUGCAGAUCCCCAGAACAUUACUUGUCUCUGUAUAUUAAUAGUCCAGUGAUAAUGCCACUAGACCAUCAGCUGUGUAUUUUAAUAUCAUGCUGGGACAUCAGUGACUCAGUUACUUCCAUUGGUUGACAAUCUGUGCAUGAAGACAUCACUACACAUUGAUAACUUAGAUAGCAAGAAGUGCAGAUGCUGGAGUCAGAGACAACACAGUGUGGAGCUGGAGGAGCACAGCAGGCCAGGUAGCAUCAGAGGAGCAGGAAGGCUGACGUUUUGGGUCGGGAGCCUUCCUCAGAAAUGGGAAGGGGGAGGGGAGCUCUGAAGUAAAUAGAGAGGAGGGAUGGGGCUGGGGAAGGUAGGUGGGAUGGUGAUAGGUGAGUGCGGGUAGGCAGUAGUAGCUAACCAUCAGUUCUGAGGAAGGGUGACCAGACCCGAAACAUUAGCUUUGAUAUUUUCUUCACUGAUGCUGCCAGACCUGUUGAGCUUUUACAGCAACUUAUGUUUUUGUUCCUGAUUUACAGCAGCUUCAGUUCUUUCAGUUAUUAAUGUCUUUGUUAUAUUACUGAAUUAUUCCAAAAUGAUUUAGGAAUGAUACACUUGUAGGUAUCAAUUUCCAGAAUGCCACAUCACUCAGCACUGCACAACAGACUGUGUGCUAAACUGACAAUGUGUCAUUCAACCACUCAUGGAGACACGUAAAACUGUAAGGCAAUGUGUAAUAUUUUUUGGCUAAGUGACAGUUAUGUUGAGUUUUUUUUGGAGGGUUUUUCUCUGUGAGGUCUUGUGAGAAUUCUCAUCGUAUUUUACCAAACUGGCUUCAGUAACUACCUACCCCACUUCCAUGGUGCUUCUCACAUCCAAAUAACUGCACAAAGGCUCACUACAUCAGUCAACGGAUCAUUCUUUAUUUACAUGUGGAGCAUCCUUGACACUGAUCCAGCUCCCUCAGAGCCAGCUCUCAGAGUGGACAGAGCCUCUGAUACUCCUGUUCAUAUCUGUCAGCUUGGGCUCCCUGAUUGGACCAGGUUAACAGCCUCAAUCAGGGAACUCAUAUUCUAUAAGGUCCACCUAGCUGACCUCAUUACAAUCACUACAUUUACCAUUGACUAUUUGUGAAACAAAUUGCCACUCAGCAGAUAACUACCAAACAACUGGCCUUCCUUGUGCUUGUACUACCUUUGAAAAGCCACUCUGCACCUGGACAGGUCAUGGCAACGUAGUGUCACACUAGCCAUAAAGUUCCUCUGCUCUCAACAUAGAACUGAUGUUCCCUCAUAUAUACAAGCACAUUCACUUACCUUUGUCACUGUUUCACAAGUAGACCAUACAGUAUCUCUCUCAUUAGCUACAUCCUGUCUAAACUUCUCCUCUUGGUCAUCACUACUCUGUCCCAAUGCCCAAUGUAGACCCACAGUUUUUGUUGCCCAGGAGGGGAACAUCACAUGCAGGCAAGCAGUUUGAUGAGCACAGACAGGAGGAUUUUAUUUGCAGCCACCAUUAGUGGCCAUGUCAGAUGUGGGUGAGGGCCAGUGCGCAGUCCUGUCAAGGGGAGAUGGGAGCUGUCCAUUUGGUUCAAAGCAGUAUGUUUGUCACACAAGCAGCUGGCACAUGCAGUAGGUUGGCAUUUCAGUGUGCCAUGCAACAAGACAUUCCCAUUUCCCCACUCUGUCCCAACCCCUCCACCAUGCCCCGAGGUGCUGUUGUGUGGAGCUCAACAUGGAGUCUCUCCUUAGCCAGCGAUGUGCUGGAGUCGCCAGCAUCCGUUCCUACCACCGUGUUGAGAGCUCUCACUGUCUAGCUUGUUUGGCACAUUUGAUAAGAAACUGCAUAUUAAUGAAGCAAGCAGUGAUGUUAGUGAGGUGUUUAGCAAACUACAGUUUCCUUGAAGUGACAAAUCGCCGCUGCAUAGUGAGAAAGUAGCCGCACUGUUUGGCAAAUGCGUAAAAAUGCAAUGAGUUGCUCCCAACAUUAAGAUAGACCUUGCCAGACUUCUUGCACAAUUCUGCCACAAAUCUUGCCAUAGCCCUUGUCCUCAGACCCCAAUAAAAUCCAGCCCAUAAAUUCAGUGAAAGAUUCGUAUGUAAGGCUCAACGUUCAAUUGUGUCAGACAUCAGGUACCCCCAACUACGUGGUGCUGCUGAAGCGCAUUAAAACAUCCAAUUAAAAGCAAAGAAAGCUUAUUUUUGUGGCAUAUUAAAGUUUAAAAACUGCUCCAACAGCUCAAAAUUUGCAUUACACGCUCGAGGAGCACUGAACAUAGCAAUCCUUUCCAAUAGCUGAAGCUAAAUUCGAGGCGAAUUCAGCCAUUAAUUUCAGCAAGUAGUUUCCUUCUCCAGCGAAAUUAGCAGGGUCUUUAUGGCAAGUGCUUAGGUUGACCGUCAGGAGUUGAGAGCCACAAAGUGCAAACGGACGUGGGUUAAACCUCUGUACCUUUCCCAUCUUAUUUGUGUCUAGUUGGGAGUUGCUCAAAUGAAACAGAUAACCUCUCCCUGUCAUGAGAAAGUGGAGACAGAAGGAGCUACAUUUCCCUACCACCUCUGGUGUCUACUAAUUGGGAAUUGAGUAUGAGCUGAAAGCAGGAAAAAACUUAAAUGAAUGGGGGGGGGGUGCGGAAAUUGCAUGAAAAAGAAGGAUAUCUUAUGUGAUUACAUGUCACACGUUGCAUUUUUAUUGGGCCUCAAUUUCCAGAGAGCAAGUGACUCUAACCCCCAAAUGCUGCAAAUUUAAGUGACAGUAAUACAAACCACAUUUUUAGAAAGACUUCUAUGUCUCAAUAUUUUCUGCAUCCUAUUAGAGCAGGCUGGCAGGGUUUUAAUUUUCUCUUGAAUUAAUUACACUAGUAUAAAACUGAAGCAAUCCGCAUAUUCAAUUCUCGUCAUUUCACGUCUGCCUUUCUUUCCAUUCUUCCGUCCCAGUCCUUUAUUUAAAGAUCAUGUAUGUUUUGCAGACAUGUAACGAGAUUGGUCUGUUCCACGGACACCCCAUCUAUUAGCAGCACAAGCUUACAUUUGUAACAUGGUCAUUUCCACACAAAAGAAUAUCUCAAGUUCUGUUAUUUGGACAUUGAAUAAGGAACGAAAGCACUUGGAAUGGCGCUACCAGCAACGAGAUGGGUUUUGGGAGGUUUGAAAAAGAGAGUUUUCUCUGAAAUUCAGAGGGAAGGGAAUUAUCUCUCUGAACUAAUUGCCAAAGGAAUGAUUAAGUUAGGUAAGUCACAUGAUUGAGAGUAUUUUCUACAAUUUUGGAUACCUGUUUCCUGUAGAACAAUCCACCCUGCAGAGCAAUUGGAAAUAAACUGAACCUACGCAGUUGUUUGGUUGGUGUGAGGGCACACUGAGAUUAAAGUGUAUUAAAACGCCAACAGCACUUAACACUUCUUUACAGAAAAGGUAUAAACAGAGCAAUCUUUGGAAAAAGUUUAUAUAAUGGAAUUUUUAAUAUAGUAGAAGUAAUGCUUUAAGAAAAGCUCUGAAAACUUAUUGGAAAAGGUAGAAAUGUUAUUAGACUAUGUAUCUGAUCAGUGGGUAAUUUCUGAAACAAAUGCACUAAAUCUCUCCACUAUGUGGGAAAGCCAUAAGCAACUCUAUUGUAAUUCUAAACUAUACAUCGUGGUUUCUGCACCAUAUGUAUUUUCAAAAUGUAUUGAAUUUUUUAUGAUUAAAGGUUUAAGUAUCUGGUGCAUUAAUAAAUGUAUAUUGAAUUUGA